AUGCUGGCGUUCAGCGCGGUAGUCGCCAUCGCCGCCUCGGCUGCGGCCUUCUUCAUCGUGAUCGGAGUCGUCUGUGUCGUUGUGUGGGUGCGAGUUCGGAAAGAACGUCAUGCUCUGCGACUGCUCGGCCUUCGAAAUGGGCCGUAUACUCGAAGUCUCCUGGGCUUUACAGGUGAUACAGUGACAGAACUUAGCCGCGCAGAAGGCAGCGUCCUUCGAGCCCACGGACAGCUUCCAUAUGGAAAGCCCAACGAAUGGGGUCAAUUAGCAUCGCGGGAAAGUAUCCUGCAAUCGAAAACAUCCUCGGAUUCUUCGUUCCCGAUACUUCAGAAAGCCAGAUCUAUUCGGCGGUCUAUGUCCAUAUCCAGGCCACGUUCGCGAAGAUGGUCUCGAUCCUCCUUCAAGGAGCCCAGUCGCAUGAGUUCCAUGGCCACGUUGAGCGAAGCUGCAACUCAAAUACUUCCCAGUCCUCCGAGACCGUCAGUAUCGAAAGAUGAGGUACCAUUGUCUGCCGUGGAGGGCGUGCUCGAGCUGCCAGCAGAACGAACGCCUCAGCAUACACCGGAGAUUGCGCAAGAAGAGCCUGGGUUUGUGCUGGGUAUGCGGCCAGUCUCGCCCAGUUGGCCACUGCCCCACCAGGGAGAUCGUGCCGGGUUUCCAGCGUCUGACAGUUGUGCUUCGAAGGACUUGUUUGACCCGGGCCCCCGCGUCUUCGAUGAAUCCCCCCGGCGACUCCGAGGAGCAAGUAUCACGAGCCAGACUGCAGGAAUCGUGCCAGAGCAACCAGUCCCUCCUCCUCCACCACCGACUGCUUUUCCAUCGGACAGAUUCAGCUAUUUUCGGAAUGACUCUGUUAUGCGCCUUUCAUCAAUGAGCCUUGAUACCACAAAUAGCUCGAUCCUGGAUGAUGGCAGACACAGAUACGCUGAUACCACCGACUUGUCUUCCUCCAUAUACCCCCCUUCAGGAGGCUCAUAUGUACCAUACAGUGCAAAUGACGUUGGAGUAUGGAACGGUCGAAGAAGCUUUAUCAACACAUCCAUGCCACCUCUGCACAACUUUCCCAUUCGUUCUUCGUCUACCACAGAGGGCCAAAGGAAAUCAUCGGUCGAACCUCCUUCUCCUCGCCGCAGUAAUACCACCACCAUGUCCCGCAAUGUCAGCAAUGCUAGCUCUCGCCUGAGCAUUAUUGGAGCACCUCAACGAACUGACUCUGUUUCUUCGAGUACAGUCGGCAGGUAUCCAUCCGUGAGAAGCGGAACUUCUGGAUCUGGAAAAGCACCGCAAAAGUCAGGCCGGAUCAGCUGGCGGAACUCUGGGUCACACAUGGGGUUUGUUCCAGAACUCAGCCAAUUCAAGCAAGUCCACAGCUCGCAAGAAGGGCCUUCAGAGGACGAUCCUUUCACAGGAGACUCGCCGCAAUUGAAUGGGGCCCAAUUCACAAUGUGCUCUCCUCGCCAGGCUACCGGAUCCGCCCCUCCUAGCCCUAUGCAACGGUCGAAUCUCUCACUCCGAGGUGCACCUCACCCGCCCUCCGCAAUGAAAAGCUCGAACACAAAGUCACAGCGACGAAAGGGCCACAGACGCCAAAACUGUGUGCGUAUAUCCAUCUAUCCUCCUAUGUCAUUCGGCGGUUCUGCGUGCUCUCCGACGGUCGAAGAGGAGCCAGAGGACCUGGAUGAAAUGGAAGAAGUUGAUCUACGGGAGAGCAGCGUCAACACCCCUUCGCGACCACCUUCUGUACCCUCUAGCACCACCUCGCCAUCACCGCUCUCCAAGCGAACAAGCAGGCGCAAUAAGCCGCCGCCAAGUACACUUGGUGUUCUAGCCGAAGAGCCUCAAAACACGGCAGGCACGGGUGUUGCAAAGAAGCCAAACGAAACCGAGACUCCUAAGAAGGAGUCAAAGCUAUCUGAUGUUUUCACUUCGCAGUCACCCACCGAGAACCUCAGGCCCGUCGAAUCCCCUUCAGGUGAGAAUGCACCAAUGUGGUCAAUCCCCGAGCUUCCAUCUCCCAUCCACGAACUCCAACUCCCAUCGGCCAACGGCAGCCCUCGACGAGGUGUCAAAGGGCCCCGCAAACAGCCUGAACGCAAUGUUCUCACCAACUCGACCCGCUCGCCGCCGAAUCCCAGGGAACAACUUAUGGGGCUCGGCUCCCCCGGCAGUCUCCCUCUCAUCACUGGCACCCAGGGUAGCGACUGGCGAAAGUCGAUGGACUCUCCUUCCAAGAACGGCAGUCCAGAUCGAUCACAUCGCCGAUCUCGCGACUCACAUGCCUCCGUGGCCAGCGUAAAAGGCCCUUCGCCAAAGUACACCCGGAAGGGUUCCGUGAAAGACCGCGUGACUAUCUGGGAAGAUGCUAAUCGCAGCGGGUCCCCGCCCAAGCCGCCGGCUACCCAUGUCGUGGGAGCGUAUUUGUGGCCGGAAAAGAACUCACCCUCUUCGCAGAGUAGUACGCCUCGCUCACUUCCCAAGGCUCCCUUCUCUUCGCCGUCACAUCGACCUCGUGGGGUUCCACCCACACCGACCUCUGGUCGCCGCGGCAUGAUGACUCCAACUGGAAAAGGCCUUGGGAUAGGUGUCGGAGUGACUGGGACACCUGCCAGCUUAUACGACGGUGAUGGGUUCUUGAGAGAAUAA